AUGGAAGCCGACGAACAUGAGCACGAUUCGACGUUUGGCGGUGAUCGAGCCAGCAUCGCGAGCAGUAGCACCUCCGUCCUCUCCGCGGUGACCAAGUACCAGUAUGAGCAUGGCAGACGCUAUCAUGGCUACGAGGCGGGCAAAUAUCUCUAUCCGAACGACGAGAAAGAACUGGAGAGACAAGACCUUGAGCAUCGGAACCAGCUCAUUCAGAUGGAAGGCAAACUAUUCCUAUGCCCACUAGUCGAAGACCCCAAGCAAAUCCUCGAUCUCGGCACCGGUACAGGAAUCUGGUGCAUCGACAUGGCCGACCUCUACCCCAACUGCGAAGUCAUCGGCACAGACCUAUCACCCGUCCAACCGGCAUGGGUCCCACCGAACUGCAAAUUCGAGAUCGACGACUGGGACAAAGAAUGGACGUUUGGCUCCAAUCGCUUCAAUAUGAUCCAUCUCCGCUUCGCCAUUGGCAGUGUCAAAGACUAUCCACUGCUGUAUAAGCGUGUACUGGAUGCGUUGAAGCCCGGUGGGAGUUUCCAACUCGUGGAGCUGGAGUUUGGGGCGUAUAGCGAUGAUGGGACGUUGACGGAGGAUUCGGCGUUGGUCAUGUGGGGCAAGUUGAUGCAUGAGGCGUUUGACCGGAUGGGCGUUACCAUCCCCAUGGCCCCAGACUAUGAGAAGUGGUUGAGGGAGAGUGGGUUUGAGAACGUGGAGACCAAGAUUAUGAGGAGGCCGAUGAAUGACUGGCCGAAAGACCCGAGAAUGAAGGAGAUUGGGAGGUAUUGCUGUCUCAACUGGCUCGAAGGUCUCGAAGGAUUCACACUGGCACCUUUCACCAGAGUACUUGGGUGGUCGCCGGACGAAGUCAACAUCUUGAUCGCCAAAAUCCGGAAAGAGUCGUGUGCGAGGAGGAUACAUGCGUAUCACAAAGGUCUAGUAUGCUGGGGCACGAAGCCUUUACACCCAGCAAAUCAACCGUGGGCGUAG